AUGUCUGUUUAUUUCCCUAUUCACUGCCCUGACUAUCUGAGAUCGGCCGAGAUGACUGAGGUGAUGAUGAACACCCCAUCCAUGGAGGAGAUAGGACUCAACCCCCGGAAGGAUGGCCUCUCCUAUCAGAUCUUCCCGGACCCCUCGGACUUUGACCGCUGCUGCAAACUGAAGGACCGCCUGCCCUCCAUAGUGGUGGAGCCCACAGAGGGGGAGGUGGAGAGUGGGGAGCUCCGGUGGCCCCCUGAGGAGUUUCUGGUCCAGGAGGAUGAGCAAGAAAACUGUGAAGAGACAGCGAAAGAAAACAAGGAGCAGUAG